UCUGUGGACACGGUUGCUCAGCAACCUCUAUCUCUCCAGCUAGUGCAAAAACUGUAACUCCCAUCAUUCCUUGGGAGCUGUAGCGUUUCAACAGCUGGAGUAUCUCUGCUUGAGGAACAUUGGUGGAGAUUAUCCCUGUUGAGACACUUAUUAAAAAACUAAAAUGAUGGCGCUAUCUCAGACAUAUGAUUGUCAUACUGACUAUGAUGCUCCAUGUUUGGUUUACUAGAACCAUAAGGGAUCUGGGUCCUGUAGACAAAUUUUUUUUUUAAACAAAAGUGACUGGAAAAAUGGAGCCAUCCACUACCCUAUGUUUACAAUUGAUUACCUUUACCAUUUGGAUUGGAUUAAGCAUAGCUUUAAUCGUAAUGGGAGCCAUAUAUAAAGAUGAAUGUCCAAUUCAGCCAAGCAUACCUAUCUUUCUUAUGGUUACCGGAGUCACACACUUGGUGAUAGUCUCAUUGUUUUUUCUAAAAUGUGGAAUUGAUAUAUGCAUCUCAAUUCUAGAAGGUUUGAUUGGAUUAUUCAGCUUUGUUUGGUUUAUAAUAGGAAGUAUUUGGGUGUUUAGUCUGUUUCAUGAACAUAAAGCUCCAGAGCAAUGUGACCAGAAUCUUUACUUCUUUGCAUUUGGAUUUUUGAUAUUUGAAUAUGUUUGUAUUGGCAUUAGCUUGUUAAUUCCAUGCAUUCGUUGUUUAUCAAAAUCAUUUUGGUAUGAAAGGUUUUGACAAACCACAUGCAGAAAAGUAGGUAAAGCAACAAUUGCCAGAAAGUUAACGUGACUGUAUGUAUAAGUAAAAUGGCGAAAGAAUUUGAAUCAGAGAAUCCAUCAGAUCUGAAAAUGUCACCGAAACUAGUAACCAUUUCAACUCUUUGUGGUUAUUCAGCUUAACAAUUUCUGUAACUAGAGAAUGGACUGUGCUUACACACAUCUUGCAGUAAUAAAAAUGUGAUUU